UAUAAUUGACUUGUCGUAACUUUGUACAGUAGAUCACAGUGUGUUUUGCAAACAGCCAAUAUAUAUUGAUUGAUUAUGUCUAGAACUUAAUCAAUUGCAAACCUUAUUUUUUUGUAUAAAACAUUUCCAACAAAGUUUAUACAUUGGUGUUAACUGUCUUUUUUAAAGAAAUUAACUCCAAGUUACUGUGAUUUCCUUUUUCUCAGCUGAAAUCUUAGCUGAAAAUGUCUACUAGCAUAGUUUUAGGUGAAAUUACCAAACUGACAAUCCUCCCUCACUGUCUUCUGUUUGAAUGACACCAAAAGUGGGACUUUACAUCGCAUUGAUUCGAGUAAGAAAGUGAGAAAAGUAUUUAACCCUGUUACACAAUCCUAAGAACACUGAUUUAUUCUAAGGAUUUGAAAUAGAUUUCCCCAUUAUUAGAAAUACUCACCGAGACAUUUACUUUAAAGACUGGCAGUGACAGAUUGACAAAAUCUUUGAGGGGCAAGAAUGCACAGAUGAACCAGUUACACAACUUAAGCUAGGUUAGAUAAAAACUAUUGUCUGUGAAACAAGCUCUGCUAUUUAAACUGGCUUCCUCUCAGAACCAGCUAUGUAGAGAUGAUGUGCAGAGAUUGGCCAAAAUGUAUAGGCCUACUGGAUAUUUUCAUCAUUUAUCGUUAUUUAAAUUGAACAAAAUGGUAGAACCUGGUUUGUUUUCAUUGCUCAUUCAUUGUUGAAUAGACAAUUGUCACUACUUUCUCGAACAAGAAGCAUUAAGAACAGUAUCACCUUACCACCCCUUAAACUACAUCGUAAUUCCUUGUGCCAAGUAUACCAAAACAUGUCUCGUUACAUCUUCUUCUUGUGACAGUGAGACGCUGUUUACAUACAUUACAUAAUGCUUAAGUUAACAGUGCACAUUAUAAAAAUAUGUUGUAUGAGUUUAAACAGAUCAGAUUAUCUCUCGCCCCCAGCACCACCUCUCUCUUUUCUGUCCAUUGGCGUGCCAAUGCAAUGUGAAUGUCUCCAAAUCGGGGCAUACUGCAUGCUCUGGAAUCUGGUGACCUCUCUAAUGCAGUGAAAGUGAAGCUUGGUAUAGGUGUGUCAGGAAAGCAAAACAAAUCACUGUUGAUUUUUAGUUGAGAAUGUGUAAACUAAGAAGGAAGGUAUGAUGAGUUCACAUAAACACAGAAGGCGAGAAGGGUACUUCAUAGGGCUUAGUGCUCCCCUCCUCUGUUUUCUUUUCUGUCCUCCCAUGACUAUUUAUAAACUUAUUUCAGCACUAUUUGCCAUCUAUUGCGAACAAAGUCAAAUGAAUCCCAUUGAAAGUUAAUUUUGCUGAGCUUUCAAGCUGGUGAGUUUUCAAGCACAUGCCUACAUCCUCAUUCCUCAUAGGAUGUUUGAACAAUAAAAGCUUAGUAAACUGAUCUACCAUAUCCAAAAAGGAGAAUAAAAUGAAACUGGUAUUAUUUGGCUGGCUCUCAGUUUCUUAAAGCUCUUCUUUCUCGUUUUCAAAUGCUCCAAAACACCUGAUUGCCUUCCAAUAUUAACUUGGAGACACAAAGGGUUAGUCAAUGAGUAGAGAGAGACAGAGAGACACUGCAUUCAGAAUGUGUUCCAUGGGCAUUCAGAUGCUGGGCAGUGCCCUGGCCUUGAUCGUCUGUGUAGGAAACGACCAUUGUCGGCGGCGUGCCCAUGUGGAAGGUCAUAGACUUCAUCUGAAAAAACAAUGUCACCAUCUUGGAGGGCAUUUGGAUGAGCUGUGUGGUCCAGAGCACGGGCCAGAUGCAGUUUAAGGUAUAUGACUCCAUGAUGUCCCUCAGCUCCGACCUGCAGGUUGCUAGAGUGCUGGUCAUGGUGGACAUCGUGGUGGGAAUUGCUGGCCUCUUCAUGGCGUUUGUCGGGGGGAAGUGCACCAACUUCCUGUUGGAGGAGGUGGCCAAGGCACGGGCGACGGUGGCGGUAGGGGUGGUGCUCAUCAUCAGUGGGAUCCUGUGUCUCAUCCCUGUAUCCUCAACAGCCAGUCUCAUCAUCCAGGACUUUUACAAUCGACUCAGCGGAGAGAGCUGGGAGGCUGGGAUCCUGCUACUCCUGGGAGGGGGACUCCUCUGUGGUAACUGCCACCCCAAGGAGGACGACAAAGCCCCCUCUGUGAAAUAUAUACUGGCCAAGUCGUCAGGAAGUUAAAGAAAACCGGCAGGUUCUGUGGCAAGUUCCUCCACCCCAACAAAGACAGACAUUUAAUAUGAAGGUUCAUGGGACAAACUGGUCUGCAUGAAAAUGUUGUUUCUCCAUCUUUUCAAAAGGUAUUGGUGGUAUAAGAAGGUAAAUGGACGGACAUUGGAAUAUAAAGGAAAAGGUACCAGUGGAAAAAUGUUGUAUGCAAAACAAACUGUACUAUGAAGGAAAAUAUGCACUUAACUUUUUGAUUGAUUAGCCAGAGAAACACUUCACUCUUAGAAAAAAGGGUUCCAAAAGGAUUCUUCAGAUGCCCCAUAGGGGAACCCUUUUCGGUUAUCUCUUUGGAAAGGAUUCUGUAUAGAACUCAAAACGGUUCUACCUGGAACCGAAAGGGUUCUUCAAAGGGUUCUCCAAUGGGGACAGCCGAAAAGCUAUAUUUUUCUAAGAGUGUAUGAGUGUAUUAAUAUGCUACUGUUUAGAUAUACACUGAACAAAAAUAUAAACAUAACAUGUAAAGUGCUGGUCCCAUGGUUCAUGAGAUGAAAUAAAAUAUCUGUUUACAUUAGCAUUUUAGUGAGCAUUUUAUCCUUUGUCAAGAUAAUCCAUCCACCUGACAGGUGUGGCAUAUCAAAAAGCUGAUUAAACAGCAUGAUCAUUACACAGGUGCACCCUGUGCUGGGGACAAUAAAUAGCCACUCUAAAAUAUGCAAUUUUGUCACACAACACAAUGGCACAGAUGUUUCAAGUUUUGAGGCAGAAUGCAAUUGGCUUGCUGACAGCAGGAACGUCCACCAGAGUUGUUGGCAGAGAGUGCAUAUUUUCCUUCAUAGUACAGUUUUUUUUGCAUACAACAUCUUUCCACUGGUACCUUUUCCUUUAUAUUCCAAUGUCCGUCCAUUUCUGUCUGUAAUAAAAAAACUAAUUCUGAUUGGCCGGGCCUGGCUCUCUAGUGGGUCGGCCUGGCUCCCAAGUGGGUGGGCCUAUGCCCUCCCAGGUCCACCCAUAAAUCCAUAGAUUAGGGCCUUAUUCAUUUAUUUAAAUUGACUGAUUUCCUUAACUGUAAUUCAUACAAAUCGUAGAAAUUGUUGCAUGUUGAGAUUAUAUUUUUGUUCAGUGUAUGUAAAUGUUAUUUGUUUCUCGAAUUCCUGGCAAGUUGAUUAUACACUGUUGCAAAUUAUAUUAGUCAGCAACUUUUUUUACUGUUGUAUGUUCUCUGUUUUAUUACAAUAAACUAUGUUUUCAUAUUUCAGGUGAGUGUUUGUUGAUUCAGUACUCCCACUGAUGCCCUUGUUUUCAGUAUACGCAUUCAUCAUGAUCAUAAA